CACCGCCCCGAGGGACUCCUCCAAAACUAAACGAGCACUCUCUCUCUCAUCCCCCCUCUCCUCUCUCCUCUGUCGUCCUCUCCCUCUCCCCCCUCUCGGCUCCGCUCCGCUGCGCUGCUUCCGCCCCACGCUAGACCGAAACCCCAGCCCGUCUCCAUCUCCUCCCCACGCCCGCGGAUGGCCGCCGCCGCGCCGCGCGCCGCCGGGAGGUAGCAGGGGGGCGCGCGGGCCCCGAUCGGCGAGGGGGGGGUGGGGCCGGGCAUGAGGGCGCCGCAGGAGCGCGAGCGCACCAUGAGGGAUCUCUACGAUCGUACGCGCCACAAGGAUCUCGAGGAAUCGGCAGCAGCCAAGGAACGGCGCCGCAUCGGCGGAGGGCGGGCGGAGGGGUCGGAACAGCACGAAGUGGCCCCCCAGGCAGAGGACAACCCCACAGUAAGAAAAAGACCAGCACCAUGUGACAGUCCUCGUGCGAAGGCAGAAUCUGGCACCUGUAAUCUUUGUUCUGCCCCUUGCUCCUCCUGCCUACACAGAAGUCUUGCACCUGUGGAUUCUAAUAUGGACUGCGGAUCAUCUCAAACGUGUUGCGCAAGGUCAGAAUCAAAAGGUAGUAUGUUGGUUCGUAGUGGGAAAGGGCUCCAUACAAAGGGUGGGGAAAAUGAAGAUGAAUUCAGUGCUACUUCGAGCCAUACUUCCUAUUCUGAAAAUGGUGGACAUAAGGCCAUGGCAAGAUCAUCAGUUGCGGCAGAUUCGGAGGUUGACAUGCCAGCAAAACGUAGAAAGCUAUUGAAUCAUGAUCCAAGGUUGCCUAGAGAAGAAUGCCACGACGAUAGUAACUCGUGUGUUACUGGUGCAUCGGCAGCAAGCAAACUUUUGUUGGAUAGGAAGGAUAAACUAUCUACUUCUGCAUCGAGUCGUGAUCUUACUGCGAAGGACUAUAAAGACAAGAAUAUUGCUUGUCACAACAGGCUAAAGAAUUCACGUAUCGAAGAAUCUACAGAAAAGAAGAGAUCUGAUGUUCAUACUGUGCAACCUGGCUCAGUUGACCGAUCAGUUCCUGCAGAUUCUCCUUCAGUUGUUACCAAAAAGUUACUCCGAACCCAAUCCUCUGCUAGUGCUUCACAAGGGUUAUCUCCUAAGAGGCCAUGCCAGGGUUUAGCGGAUUCACAAGAUAAUUUAGCACAAAAAACUUAUGAUAAAGUUUCAAAUGAUAAGAUAGAUCAGUCAGUAGGAGAAAAAUUAAACCCCUCUGUGAUUGGUGCUGACAAGCAUGUUAUGCUGAGUAGUCGCACUAACAAAAUCAAGGCUGGAUCUUCGUCAAAGGAACUGGAAAGUAGCACCCCAUGCUCGAGGAAGAGCAUUCAAGGGCACACUGAGAUUGAAUCUGUUCAUGUCGCUAAGAGCAACAACAAUUUUGAAGAAGACCAGAAUCAGGAUUUAUCUACGGAUACAUCUAGUGGUAGAGAGUUGAAUACACAGAAUGAUGCCAUGGCAGAGUGUGGGAACUCCGAAAGCUUAAUAGAUGUUAAUGUUUGUGAUAUAUGUGGAGAUGUUGGUAGGGAGUAUCUUCUGGCUACAUGCACUAGAUGCCUUGAAGGGGCGGAGCAUACUUAUUGCAUGCGAGUGAAGUUGGACAAGAUUCCGGAUGGUGAAUGGUUAUGUGAAGAAUGCCAGCUUAAUGAAGAUCGAAUUAAAAAAAGAAGCAACCGUGGUGCAUCAACAGUUGAUAUUUUGGAUGGGAAGAACCAAAGUUCAGGAAGCAUGAGCAACCCUAAGACCUUGCAGAUUGCUAUCACUAAUUUGGAGUCUCAGCAAAUUGCUCGUGGUACACCAAAAACUAAUCACUUACCUGGUAAUGAUAAAAAACUGCAUUCAAUGUCAAUUGAUCCAGAAUCACGGCAAGUGAAGUGUGCCACCCCAACUGCUGAAAGGCUGGAUUCAAAGAAUAAAAACUUCGGAAGCAUUGCAAAUCGUAAGAGGUUGCAAGUUGUUACCUCUGACACGGAAGCACGGCCACCCACUUGUGGCACACCGUCCGGUGGAAGAUUAGGCAAGAAGAUUGAAAGUUCUGAAGAUUUGUUGAACCGUAAGAAGUUACGAAUCACCACUGAUAUAGAAUCACCACUGUCAAGUGAAGGCUUGCUGAGUCCACCUAAAUCAUGCAAAAAGCAUGCAGAGAAUGCAUCAUCCUCUGAUGCGAGGCUGUUCAAGACAGAAAGCCCUAGGAAACAUGACAUUUUCUCUCGUCAGAACUCGUUUAAGAAAUCUGAUAAGGGGAAUUUCAAGUCACCUAAUAAUGCUCUAGUGAGGGGUGUUCAGGCAGUAAAAAAUUCUGCCACCUUAUCACGGUCAUAUUCGUUGGGAAGUACGGCGAAUGUCAAAGCACAACCAGUCCCUUCACCACGAGGUCCUUUAUCAAAGCAAAUGUCUUUCAGCAAUAACAGCGAACCAAAGGUCAAGCAGUUGGUGGAAGGUGUGCCAAGCAAGCUGAAACCUGUAAAACAUUCCUCAGUAGAUGUUGGAGAGAAGGGGCCCAUGAGAAAGCUACUCAAACCUGAAUCAUUUAACCGUGAGGGUUCAAUUUGUAAAGACUCAAGUUCAACAAAACAGAAGCAAUCACUUCUCCUGUCUCGAGAUGAAAAACCAAGAAUGUUGAAACCUACGAAAGAUAAGAGCUUCUUAGAAAGAAGGGCUUCUUUUAAUCUUCAGAAACCAAAUAUUCCUUCAUCACCAAGGCCUGAUAGCUCUAUGAAGUCGGGGGAACGGAAAAUCGACCAAGACAAUCCAAGGCCUGGACCAAGCAUACUUAAAACUAGCAAAAAAACAGGUACUAUUGAAAAGAAGCAGAGUUCUGUUUUGUCCAAAAAGGAGAAGGGGGAUGUUACGGUUCACCCAACAUUAAUAGGAGGUUUUUCUGCUAAAGAUGCUUCAACAGUGCAGUCUUCUUAUCCACUGCUUCCAGUGGAAAAUGUUAAUAAGGACAGUGAUUGUGCGGGUGAAUCUUAUGAUAAUGAAAUGCCAACUAAGCCUGAGGCAGUUUCCGCGCCGUUGGGCAUGACUUCCGAAUCAGAUUUGCAAGAUAUGGUGCGGAGAGCAAGUGCUUCAGAAGAUGUGACACCUACUGUUGGACAUCACCAAGAAGAUAUUUUGGUAAGCACUGGAAAUAAGCCAAGUAAAAAUGCAGAGACUUCAGAAGACAAAUUGCCUGAGAAUCCACAUGGUCCCGCAGUGGCACAGAAACAGUGCGCCCCUCGAAGUGCAAUGGCACAAAAACUGUGCGCCCCUGAAAGCAAAUUGAUUGAGCCAAACAUGAAGCAUCAAGAUUCUUUUGAAUUGCCUCCUAUUGGAAAUCUUUCCAGAGCUUUAGUUAUUCCAGAGCAGACUUACAUCUGGCAAGGUAUAUUUGAGGUUUCAAGACCUGGAAACUCUUCUGAAAUAUUUGAUGGGAUUCAAGCUCACCUGUCCACCUCUGCCUCACCGAAAGCACUUAAUGUAGUCAAACAAUUACCUCAGAGAAUUCAACUGGUAGAAGUUCCACGAUGUUUCUCAUGGCCACAGCAGUUUAAGGAAGUACAGCCGAAUGAAAAUAAUAUUGCUCUUUUUUUCUUUGCUAAGGAUGUUGAAAGUUAUGACAGAGCAUAUGGCAAACUCUUGGAGAAAAUGCUUGUUGGAGAUUUGUCCCUAAUCGCAAAUAUUAGUGGCUUUCAACUUCUCAUUUUGUCAUCUGAUAAGUUACCUGAAAAGAUUCAAAGGUGGAAUGGCUUACUCUACUUUUGGGGAGUUUUCUACGCUGGUAAAGCAAAUAGCUCAACAGAGCUAAUCAGAGUGACAAAUCCUUGUCCACUAGAAUCGACCUCUGAAGCGAUUGAUAAGCCUGUGUGUGCCCCUAAGGUUCCUCUGUCUUUGGGUAUAGAUUUGAACGAGUGCCCUGGUGAUGAAUUUUAUGACCACCCUCUAUCACUUGGAUCAGAGACAGAGAAGUUUGGUUCCUCUGAAGAUAGCCAGACUUUAUUGAGGUCGAAACAUGAGGUUGAAAAUCUGGAUGAACGUGAAAUACGUCAGGAAGGAACUGUAGUUACCAGAGAAACUGUAUUGGGAAGUGCUACUGCAGGUGUCCGUGAAACUUAUGUUCCUGCAAGCUUGGGAGGUUGCAACAUGAAACCAGAUUAUCCAAGUGUUACAACAGGCGGCAUAGGAACUGCAAGUAGAGACAUCAUGGAGGAUGAGGAUAGCUUUAGUCCAAAUGAAGCUCAACACGAUGUUGAGCAGCACGCAGGUGCAGGCAGAUUAACGUCUGACGAUAUAUUGGCUAAGAAGCAGGCUCUCACAGCCUUGACAGAAGUAUCUGUACAGCAUUCAAGGGAAUCAAUCUCGAAGGCUGACUUUGUUAUGCGUGAUUCUAGGCCAAACUACAAAAGGCAAAAGACUUUCAAUGGAGAUGAACAACUGCCUAGCAUAUGCUUGUCGAAGAUGCAUUCCUUGCCAGCUGGUUGGCGUACUCCAUUAGACGGCAUACAGUGUACCUACAGGGGUCUUGCUGAUCUAGGUUCGACAACUGUCUCGGAUCAUGUUGUGCAUGUUCUUUCAUCUGAUGAUGAAGACUCUCCAGAACCUAGUACUACUAUGAAUAAGGCAUCGUUGAAGGCAGAGGGGGGAUCCUCCCCUCCAUUAUCACUAUCCCUGUCUACAGUGGCAAAGACGCACAAUCUUGCCGGUUCUGUCACAGGAGAUGAUCGAUCACUGUCUCUAUCUCUUGGGCUCCCCCUCUCUGGUGUAGCAAAAGGAAAUCAAGAUCUCGAGAUAAAGCAGUUUCUGCCGGAGAAGCCUGGCAUAAACACUUCGUUUCUUCUUUAGAUAUGCGGGUGUACAGUUUUGUGCUGUGUUUAACUUAUGGAGUUUAGACAGGGUAGAAGUAUGGUAUAGCUGUUAAGUUAUGAACAUCUUGGUCUUAUUUCACUGUAUGCAUCCGCUGCUGUUGUUGGUUGAUGCUGGUCUGGUGAUGGUAUUGACUGCUGCAUUUUGUUUGAUAUAUGGAGUUUUAGUUGCACAA